GGGCCUCACCAAGCCCACAUAUGUCUGUCAGUAAAACUCACUUUUGCCCACGAUGAGUUCAAAACGGCUUGCGUUUUGACCAGAACAGGGAGACCGACAAUCAUUGUUCCUCUGCUCCCGAACUCAACCCCAGAGACUGCACCACCGCCAAAUCCAGAGAUGGUUAUCCCUCCACCUGUUAGGCCGCCAAGAAUUACGAAAUUUCUAAAGCCGUAUGUCCUGAAGAUGCAUUUCACAAACAAGUAUGUUAGUGCCCAAGUAAUCCAUUCUCCAACUGCAACCGUAGCUUCUUCAGCAAGCUCACAGGAGAAGGCCCUCAGGGCAAGCAUGGAAUCUACUCGGGAUGUGGCAGCUGCUGCCAAGAUCGGGAAGCUACUUGGGGAACGGUUACUGCUCAAAGAGAUACCUGCUGUUUCUGUUUUCUUGAAGCGAGAACAGAAGUAUCAUGGUAAGGUGAAGGCUGUCAUUGAUUCUCUCAGGGAAGCAGGUGUCAAAUUGCUUUAAACUAGAUUAAAAAAAAAUCGAAAAAUGCAUUUAGCUUGCUCAUCCCAUGCUUCUUUACUGAUUCAUCUAUGUUCCUGAAUGAUAACUUGGCUAGACCCAAAAAUGAAAUGCAUUGUUGGUUCUGUUCUAUGAAUGGUGUUCUCUUUUA